AUGUCCCAUCACCGCGCCGAUGCUAGCGCCCUCCUCGAUAAUCGGGGGUAUUCCGGACCCCUAAUCCGCGGCGUCAACCCGGCCACAUUAUUCGAAAAAGCUGUUCGUGAUCGUAUCACUGAGUCGUACUACUGGAAAGAACAAUGCUUUGGUCUCAAUGCCGCAACUCUCUGCGAUCGAGCAGUUGAGUUGACCUAUAUCGGUGGAACAUAUGGUCUAGCACAAAAGCCGACGCCGUUUUUGUGCUUAGCUUUUAAAAUGCUCCAACUUUCACCAGAGAAGGAGAUUGUGUUAGAGUAUUUGAAUUUCCACGACCCAGAGACUGGCCAUGACGGAGUUUACGGCGAAAAUAAUGUGGAGGAAGACCACGACAAGGAUAGCGGUGUCGUUAAAGCAGUGGGAGAUUUCAAAUAUCUUCGCGCUCUGGCAGCUUUUUAUAUCCGGCUUACCUUUGAUGCCGCGGAGAUAUAUACGACUCUCGAACCAUUACUGGCAGAUUAUCGAAAACUUAAACGAAGAACAAAAGAUGGCUUUCUGCUCACAUAUAUGGAUCAGUUUGUCGACGACUUGCUUACAAAGGAUCGAGUGUGCGCUACCAGUUUGUGGAAACUACCUUCGAGGACUCAGUUGGAGGACUUAGACAUGCUUGAAGAGAGGGUCAGCCCGCUGGCUGCGGAACUUGAAGACAUUGAUAAAGAUUCAGACGGAAGCCAGGAUAGUGGUGAACGGUCGAGCCGCGGGGAUGAAUGA